GCCCGCUUUAAUAAAAAUGCAGUUGCUGUGCCUGGAAGUUCUCUCUCUUCAGUUACUAAAAAUGCCAGCAUUUCUCUAAUUCUAUCCCACUUGAUGCUCAAGGCCAUCAUCACUCACACUGCCAAGCAGAGCACUGUGCAGAGAAAUAACCUGAAUGCAAGAAUCACCAAACUAACCUACUCCCACCAGCCAGCCAAUCAAAUCCAAGCCAGCUACUGGGUUAACAUCUCCAAGGAUGGCGAGCGCCCUGUCACCGGGAAAACGGACUUAAUCAUCUCAUUGGUGUGCAAGAUUUCAAAAGACAAACUGAUCACAGACAUCAGACUUCUGAGGUACUGUCUAUAACUACAUAAUCCCCCUGUCUAUAUAAGAGAUGAUCUCAGGCCUGAUAAAAAUCACGUAAGCGGCCGGGCACAAUGGCUCACGCCUAUAUUCCCAGCACUUUGGGAGGCCA